GAAGAAAUGAAAUGGGAUUGGAAGUUUGUGCUGAAAGCUUGGUUGGGCAGCUCGUGAUGAAUUGCAGGCCGGGGGAGUCUGGGCCGAGAGUGACGCAACCUACAGCGCAUGCGGACAGCUUGUCCGCAUGCGCAUUCGCAUGUUAGAUGGCAAUUUCCUGAACAUGGCGAACCCAUCGACCAAGGCGCUGUCGUCUGCACAUUGUAUCCUGCUGACGGUGCACUAUGCCAGCGAAGCCAACAUCAGGUUGCUACACGCUUUCACGCCGUCACGUCCCGACGUGCUGUCGCCGGAGCUGGUCCUGCGCAUCGUGCUGACCUACCUGCCCGAGACGGUCGACCCGUCGCUAUACACGACGUAUGUGCGUGAAGUCGCUACGCGUAUUGACCCAGAACAGCGGGAGCUCUUGGAUGUGGACACAUCGCCCGUGUCGUCCCUAUCACCCGACCAAGCCAGAAGGCGCGUCAACAAGUUGUUCAUUCAAGACCUCAGCCCGCCGGCAUUCCCUCCUCAUGCUCCGAACGACCUGCUGACCCGCUUCAUCGUCCACCGCGCAAACCGCAUCGACAACGAGACUGGUCUCUUGACUCUGGUCCCACGCUUGGCCGAGCCCUUCCUUGACACAAACCCCUACCUUCGUACCUGGUACGUCGCCGUCGUGCUGCCAUUGCUACGUCUCCGCUAUGACUACUAUCCCGAAACACAAGACCCGCCGGCCCUCUCGACCUUUGAGAAGCUUGAUGGCCACCAAGGUAUCGAUUUGUUGUUGUCCAACGUGACCAACUUCGACCAUGACAUGACCUCUCCGACUGACUCCAAACCGGUGGUCGCCAGAGACACAAGGGCCAUGGUGGGCCCGUGGAUGUAUGGUCACACAGAAAGAAAGAGGCGGCGUCUUUAUCACAAGGAAGAGUCUAGGCGCGAACAACACAACACGGCCCGCUCUCCGCACACUGCUUCCACCAGACCGGAUGCUUCAACCAACGAGGACAAGACAGGCCAUGAUUGGGAGUACCUCUUUGAGUGGAUGCUUCACACGGCAAUCCACGACUUCUCACUUGUUGCCAACCUCGUUGAGCAAUGGGAUGGCCCUGGAGAUGUUGAUCUUGGAGGCUUCCAAGAUGCUCAAGCCUAUCUUGACGACGACACUCAAGCCAAGCUCGAACGACAAUACGCACAGGCUACCUUUGCUUCCUGUUAUGCUGCAGAAGCCGACUCCCCAGAAACCAUUGCUGAUGCUCAUGCUGUUCUUGUGCGCUUGGCCCAUCUACUUGACUUCGGGGCUCCUCCACAACUUGCCACCAGUGUCAAACAGCUACCUAUCAUUGACAAGCACAUCGAACUUCUUUACGCUAACGGUUCGACCGUAAACCUCGAGCCAAAUGUUCUCCUUGACCCCGAUCAUCCUCUAGCUACUCCCACACUCGAUUCAUACAUGCUUUUGCAGCUGCUGGUUUACUCGGCUUACCAGCUGGCUGGACUCGGUCACAAUAUCUCGAUACUCACCGUCGCUAAGCUACGCUUUGCCUCUGGUUCAGACGAACAACUGAGCCUUUUGACCAAAGUCAUUCACAGCUUGGCUGCACAAGGGAAGCGUGAUGAACAACAGUGGCAAGAUGAUUACGACAGACUGAUCUGGCUAUGGAACUGGAAUACCGAGAUUGAAAAUCCUAGUCUCAACGGUGCCGGCAUAUUCGGUCGACUCGAAAAGGCAACCAUCGAACGUGAAUUUCUUAAGGUCUUGGUUUCAAGCGGAUCUUACCCAUUGGUUGAUCGCCUGUACUUUGCACAGGCUGAUGCACGUCAAGUCAGCGCGGGGGAUAUCGAGAAAAUCAUCCUCGAGCAAGCAAUGCAACUCUACGACAACGCCAGCAACGGCAACCGCACAAGAGGCAACAUGAAGAAAUCCCAAGACUUGAUUGUUCAUUGCCAGGGUCAGUUUCCUCAGAGCGACGAGUUCAAGAAGGCUCUGGCAUUGAUUGCAGCAACCCACUCAAUGUCCUUCUACUCGCUUAAGCUGCAACAUGGUGUCCCAUUCCAGCCUGUAAAUAUCCGCGCUAGCUUGGACCCUCUAUCGCUCCUUCCAAAACUGCUCGAGCAAAACGCAAACAGCUAUACGAAACUUGAUGACCUCAUAGAAAUUGGUCGUAACCUAAUCGCAGCUGGCUUGCCACUUCGCAACGCUGAUGGCGACCUUAUUGAUCGCAGCCUAGAAUCAGAUGUUGACAAGAAGACGAAACUGUCGGUAGCCGAGAAGAGGGUCAUCUACAUGUGCGUCGAGGCAGCACUCACCGUCGGCGACUUUGAGACUGCAUACUCGUACGUUGUCAAUAGACUAGCUCCGCAAGACACGAUCCCAUCAUCAGUAUCAGAAGCAGAAGAACACCCAGAAAUGCAAGAAGACGAUGUAUCUUGGCGAGCGGCCUUCCUCGCCGGCCGCUACAGAUCACAAACAAACGCCCAACCCACCCUCCGCCGCCUAGACCAACGUACCGAGCUCCUCAGUCUAGCCCUCCUCCUCGCACCACCCUCUUCCCUCUCCGAAGUCCUUAACAUCUGGCGCCGCUGCGAGGAAGAAACGAACGCACUCCUCGCCGCCGAAACACAAGCAGAAGAAGAGUUUGACGAUCGCGCGGACAAACGCAUCAGUGUGCCUGGAGGCUUCUCGGAUGCAUCGACCGAGGGCAUGGUUUUCGGACAACCUCGCCGUGAAGUCGGCCGCUCCAAUGCAGAGGCUAGACGUGGCGCUGAUGAAGAAGCACCGAUGGGACUGUUCGAUGUUGCUCGCGGUGCGGCAAAGGCGUUUAGUAGGAAUGCAUUUCCCUUGCGUGGUGGCGGCGUGGGUGUAGGCGGUGCCGCUUCCGCACCGCAGGUCCAGCAACAGCAGCAGUUACGGCAACAACCUACAAUGCAGGCGCAACGGGCAGCAACCGGUGAGGGUUUGCAUGAAGGCAUGGAUGAUGGGAGAGUGCGCAGACGAGAUAUGAUUACUAGCACCGUGACCGGUGGCCUGGCGUCUGGUAUUGGAUGGAUGUUAGGUGCCACUCCGGUGGACAGAAGCGCCGAAGAUCGCCGAUAAUGGUGGUCUUUCCGUCUCUUUCGUUUAGCUGAAGCCGACGUACAAUCUCUAAGGCCUCUCUCUCUCUCUCUCUCUCUCUCUCUCUCUCUCUCUCU